AUGCCGACCACCGACAACCAAGGGUCCUUCCUGAACCUGAUCAGCAUCCGGCGCAACCAGGUGACCACCGACCCCGUCCACGACCAAGAACAAGAUGACUUCGACCUCUUCCAAAAGCACAUCUCCAUCCGCUUCUCCGACCUCCUCUCCCCCCCCUCCCCUUCCCCUUCCGAGUCCUCCACCCCCCCUCCCCCCCUCCUCUCCAUCUCCUGGCUCCGCAACCUCCUCGACGCCUUCCUCUGCUGCGAGGCCGAAUUCAAAGCCCUCCUCAUCUCCGGCCGCGACCCCUCCUCCCUCUCCAAGCCCCCUCUCGACAAACUCAUCCCCGACCUCCUCGACCGCCACCUCAAGGCCCUCGACAUCUGCAACGCCGUCUCCCACGCCCUCGACCUCCUCCGCCACUGGCACCGCCUAUCCCUCAUCGCCGUCUCCUCCCUACGCCGCCACCCCUUGGGCGAGGGCCAGGUCCGCCGCGCCAGGAAGGCCCUCUCCACCGUCCUCACCUCAAUGGCCGUCGACGAUCAGAGCCACGCCUCCGGCGGCGGCUCCUCCUUCCACCGCCGCGCCCCGGUGGCCAAGAACUUCCGCUCUUUAUCAUGGGCGGUGGCGAGGUCGUGGUCGGCGGCGAAGCAGGCGCACGCGAUGGGGGCGAACCUGGUGGCGCCGCGGGGGGCGGAGGUGACGUCGCUCCCCAUGCCGAUAUACAUCAUGAGCAACGUGGUGGUGUUCGUGAUGUGGGCGCUGGUGGCGGCGGUGCCGUGCCAGGACAGGGCGGGGCUGGCGACGCACCUGCCCGUGCCGAAGCAGCUGACGUGGGCGCAGCCGAUGAGCAGCCUGGUGGAGAAGAUCGGGGAGGAUUGGAAGAAGAAGGAGAAGAAGGGAGGGGCGGGCUUGCUGGAGGAGAUACAGAGGAUGGAGAGGGUGGCGCAGUGGCUUGUUGAUUUGGCGGAUUCGUUUAUGUUCCCCUUGGAUGAGGAUAAGGCGGUGGAGCUGGCGGCGCAGGUGGCCGAGCUGGAGGAGAUAUGCGCCAAGAUGGAGGAGGGGCUGCUGCCGCUGCAGCAGCAAGUUAGGGAGGUGUUUCAUAAGAUGGUCAGGAGUAGAGCUGAUGUGCUUGAAGUUCUUGAUCAAGCUGGCAAAUCAUCCAUACCAGUUCCUUACUAAUCUUUUUUUUCAUGAAAGCAUAAGAUGUUAGUUAGUUAUUUUGUAUACAUUUUUGUUUUGUUAUACUUGUCUGAUUGAGUUUUCAAGAAGAAGAAAAUAUAACAUUGUAGU